CUUGUAGGCAUUUAACUGGCAGAUUCUUCCCAUCCUUGUGACAGAGCAGACUCGACACGCUAAAGAGGAGACCGACCUCGCUGGGCUUUCCUUAGGUGGAGGCGUCCCAGGAAGCAGUACACAAGCUACAUCUGCAGAGCAGCUUCCGUGGCAUGUCUUUCUAAACGCACCUAAGAUAUCACGAGUGCGGACAGCAUGAGUGGCUUUUCCGAAAGCCUAAUGGUGGAGAACGCUGGGCGAGGAGCGCUCGUCGGAAGGAUCCCGGACGGCACGUUUGUCGGAUCCAGCGCUGGGCAGACAGGGGAAGAUGUUGUAGCAGCCACCAUACACCUGGACCACCUCAGCCAAAAUGAAGUGCAGAACAUCCUGAGAGCACUGCAGCCAUAUAGCAACAACAUGAAGGUGGUGACAAAGAAGGAGCUCAGCGCCGAUGCCAGCCUCAGCUCCGAGGGAUUAGGCCUUCAAGGCCCACCAGAGAUGCUCAGUGGUGACUCCGUCGAGAGCAAUCUGUCUACAUCAUCAGCUGAGAACCAUCUUUCUUCUCUUGAUAGCAUGAGAGCAAAGUUACAUGCCUCUCAGACCAUUGGGAGUGAAUACAAUGAGGUUCCCAAUGUGAAUCUCACUGCACCGUCAGCUGGUGCUGAUGCUGGUGCUGGUGCUGGGGCUGGGGCUGGGGCUGGGGCUGGGGCUGGGGCUAGGGCUAGGGCUGGGGCUGGGGCUGGGGCUGGGGCUGGGGCUGGGGCUGGCUUUACGCUAUCCUCCCCUGCAAAAGUUGGUCCAGAUCUUGAUGGCACCCUCACAGCACCCAAAGUCAGUUUGGCCACUCCCCAGCUCAACAAUCACAGUGCUGCUUCACUUGAUAUGGACAAAGCACAAGUCAAGUCAGGUAACCUCCAUUACAAAGCUCCGCACUUUACAAUGCCAAAAUUUGAUGUACCUGGGGUCAAAAUACCACAAGUAGAUGGUGGUCUAAAGCUUCCCUCUGUUAAUGGAGGAACAAAGGGCCUUCAUCUCUCUUCACCCAAUUUAGACAUGAAUGGAACAAAUGUAGAUCUGAAUGGACCAAAAGUGGAUUUCAAUGCUCCUGCUGUUAACUUGGGAAAUGCUGACAUUGGCGUAUCAUCAGAUCCUUUCAAGCGGCCACACCAAAAGUGGAAGCUGAAGAAGCCCAAGCUUCAUGGUGCCAAAACUGAUCUGGACUUUGAUGCACCAGUCCCCCAAGUGGCAAAUGUGAACUUGCCAAAUGCUGACCUUAAAGGCCCUGAUUUAGACAUUCAACAGCCGCAUUUCGAUGGACUCUCUGGUAAAUUUGUCUGGCCUCAUUCUAAAUGGAAGAAAGCCAAACUCAAAGGCCCAAAGGCCGACUUAGACAUACACCAACCUGAUGUGCAUGUGUCAACUCCAAAGUUUGAAAGUGGCAUUCAUGCUCAAGUGGACCUCCCAAAAGCUGACUUAAAAGGUCCCAGUUUGGAUGUUGAGACACCACAUGUUGGCCUUGACGCUCCAUCGGUGAAAAAAAACUGGCACCUGAAGUUGACGAGACCCAAAGUACCUGAUGUUAAACUGGACACAGAUGUGAGUACACCAGACAUUGGCCUUGAUGGUAAUAUGAGUGUACCAGGAGUUGUUGACCUGAAUUCACCCAAACCUGGUUUCGACGUGAAUGCACCAAGUGUGGACCUUGAUGCUCCGUCAGGUAAAAUCAGGUUCCCAACUCUGAAAAAGUUCCGGCUUGCCGGACCCAAGGUGAAAACCCCAAGUGUUGAUCUUGACGCUGAUAUGAAAGCCCCUGACCUUAAACGUUCAACUUCACAGCCAUCGCUUCUGGCCCCCGAUCUGAAUUUACCUAAAGCUGACGUUAAAGUGCCUGAUGUCGAUGCAUCUGGAAAAAUCAAAUGGCCCACUCUAAAAAAGCCCAAAUGGUCUCUGUCGGGUCCAAAGGUGAAUGGUCCAGAUUUGGAUGCUCGUGUUUCUACAUCUGACCUGAGUCUCACCUCUCCAAAGUUUGACGGUGAGCUGACCGCACCGGAUCUAGAAGUAAAAACUGCUGAAUUGAAUGGACCCAAUUUAGACCUCAACGGUCAUGCCCCAUCUGGAAAAUUCAAAUGGAUCAAGAAACCCAAGUUUGGUACGCUGAUGGGUCUAAAAUCUGAUGUCGACGGUGAGAUCAAGGUGCCAGAUGUGGAGCUCAAGACACCUGAUGUCAAUUUAACCACACCGGAUGUUGAUCUUUCGCCAACAAUUCAAGCUCCAGACCUCAAUUUCAGCGGCCCUAAUUUCGAUCUCCACACGCCCGCUCCAAACAUUGACCCAAUUGAUGGCAAAGUGAAGUUCCCAAAAAUUAAAAUGCCAAAAUGGCCAAAAGUCAAAGGCUCCCCAAAUAUUGAUGCCAAUGUUGACGUUCCUAAUUUAGGCGUGGAUACGCCCAAAGUCCAUCCAAAUGCACCUGAUCUGUCCUCGUCGACACCAAAGCUCGGAGGUAGUCUUGAUACAUCUGAUGUCAAUCUGCAGUCUCCGGAACUUUCGAGCGGGCAUUUCAAGUUUCCCAAACUGAAAUUGCCAACAUUGUCAAAGGUCGGAAAGCCUGAUGUUGAUAUUGAUGCGAAUGUCAAGGGUCCACAAGUCCAUGUGGCUCCUAUCGCUACAGAUCCAGCAGACUUGAAUAUUUCUGCUCCCAAUAUUGCCGGUGGUUUUGCUGCUCCAAAUGCAAGUCUCCCUCAAACAGAUUUCAAUGGUGCACAUAUAGCCAAUGCUGAUUUCGGAUUACCACGGUUGAAUCUUUCUGGCCCUCAAAUGACAAACUCGGGGCUGGACAUGAACCUGCCCCAAACAGAUGUUAAGGGACCCAGUCUGCAUCUGCCUACGGUACCCCACGCCGACACGAAAGAGCCGGACCUGAGCCUUGGAAACGUCCACGUGGCCAACGUUGGCACCAAAUUGCCAAACGCUACCUUGGAAGCGCCUGAUGUCGGGCUCAAUAGUCGCGUACCAGAUGUGGGUAUCGACUUGCCGAGCGGAGAGCUUAAAGGCCCGGAUGCGCAGUUGAAAAGCCCAGUCGUAGGCUUGGAUUCCCACAGGGGGGACUUUACCUUGCCUCAUUAUAAGCUUCCAAAGCUGGAUCUUUCAAGCCCUGGAGUUGAACUUCCCAGUGUUCAUCCCUCACUUCAGGCUGGACUGGACACACCCCGGGUGGACAUACUAGGUACGCCGAAAGCGGAUGCAAACAUCUCGGUUCCGACAGUAGAUUUAAGUGCUCCGAAGUUUGAAGGGAAGAUGAAAGGAGCAGAAGUAGAUGUGGAAGCUCCAAAGGUAGACACGGGACUUGAAAAACCCAAAUUGCCACAUUUUAAGGUUCCAAAACUAAGUUUCUCAGGAUCCAAAAGUAAAAGCGUCAGUCCAAAGCUGUCGCUUGACGGCGAAAUGUCUUCCCCUGAAAUGAGCACCAACAGUCCUGACAUAGCGAUCAGAGCUGGAGAUGCUGGAAUCCAAGGUUCUCCCAAAAGUAAAUUGAAGUGGCCCUUCAAAUGGGGAUUUCGAUCCAACUCGCUGGACGAAAGCAACGCUGAAGCGGAUGCUCCCAAAUUCCGUUUGCACACUUUGCCCAGAAAUUGCAUUGAGAGCAAGAAAGAAACUCCAGAUAUCUUUAACCUGUCACGACCUGACCACGAGGCCAAGGAUUAUAUUGUCAGCAAAGGAAUCCGUUUACCGGUCCGGAACGCACCAUCGAGAAAUGGAGAAAGGGUAGACGUCAUGGAGAGGUUGAGACUGGCAAUGGGAAAAGCCCCGUCGUCAAACACCUCACCGACCGAGGAGAAAAGCGCCAGCCUGCAGGCUCUCCAUGCCUCUGGAGAUGCGGUCGACUCCGGUUUAGUUCCAGGAGGGACUUUGGAAGUGGAAAAGCCGCAGUACCCGCUGAGCUCGAUCCGGCCGACGAGGCUAGCCCACGAAGCGGACGAAAGUAAAGUAUCGUUAGGCCUCUCCAACAUGCUGGGACUUGAGGUCUAGAAUUCAGAUUGAAAUGAAAACUGCUCUUUCUCAAAACGAUCCCUCUUAUUUAUAUACAGUGUGUAUGGAUUUGUAUCUUUUGUCAAAGAUUGAUCUACAAAUGUGAUCUACUUUCCUUGUGUACUGCCUUUUUGGACACUUGACGCUUUCCCUUUCAACAAGUAACAUUUUCCUUUUAAUGAAGUAACUGUGAAUGAAUGGGAUUGAAUAAAAACACCAGUAUAUGAAUAU